AGAAUCUUGAAGAUACCAAACCAAAUACUCCUUAGUUUUUCUCUUUAUACCAAAAAAAAAGAAAAACUUUCAUGAGUUGUCUCUUCAUGCCAAGCUCAUGUGUGUGUGAAUGAGAGAAAAUUAGUUUACUUAUCUUUUAUUUGUGUUUUGUUCAUCCGAUUUGUGAGCUAAAAUUUUAGUCAUGGUGGCUAAUUCUUGGCUCACAUCUCUUGAUUGUUCUGUUUCUUCAAUCCAAUCUUUAGAUAAUUCAUCUUUUUCUUCUCUUGUUUUAACUUGGUUUAAGUUCAUUUUUCUUUCGCCAUGUCCUCAGAGGAUUCUGUUAUCUUCUAUUGAUCUGUUUUUCUUGUUUGUAUUACUCUUAUUAGGGGUUAAAAAGCUGUAUUCAAGAUUUAACAAGAAUGAAAAUUCUCUUGAUAAACCUCUUUUAGGUGAUGAAAGGCCUAAAUAUAGGGUUAGUUUUUGGUUCUAUGGAUCUUUGUUUGUUGUAGCUGUUUUAGCUGUAAGUUAUAGUGUUUUAUCCAUAUUAGCCUUUACUAAGGGUGUUCAAUCAGGAUGGGAAAUGGCAGAGGCUUGUUUCAGAUUGAUUCAUGCUGUAACUUAUCUUGCUAUUUUAAUUCUCAUUGUUCACGAGAAGAGAUUUGUUGCUGUUUCUCAUCCCAUCGCACUUCGAGUGUAUUGGGGGGUGAGUUGUGUAAUAGUGUUUCUAUUUGCUGUUACUGCUAUUGUACGUCUUUUUUUUACUGGAACUGAUUUGGUGGUUUUGAGAAUGGAUGACAUAGUUGUGUUGGUUAGUCUUCCUUUAUAUGUGUAUCUUCUUGUUGUUUCGAUAAGAGGAUCAUCUGGGAUUUGUGAAGAUGUUGUGGGAAACGAUGAUGAAUUAAUUUCAAUGGAUUCUAAUGUGAGUGGAUAUGGAACAGCUUCGCUGUUUUCUAAAGCAGUGUGGAAUUGGAUGAAUCCAAUCCUUAGUAAAGGAUUCAAAUCCCCUUUGAAGUUAGAUGAAGUGCCUUCGCUCCCACCUAAUUUUCGAGCGGAAAAAAUGGAGGAAUUUUUCGAAAAGAAUUGGCCUAAGUCAGGUGAAAAUGUGAAGUAUCCUGUACUAACGACAUUGAUCCGGUGUUUCUGGAAAGAUCUUGUUAUAAUUAGUUUACUUGCAAUAGUGCAGUUGGUUGUUAUGUAUGUUGGACCAGUUCUUAUUCAAAGUUUCAUUAAGUUUACUUCUGGGGAUAGAUCAAAUCCUUAUGAGGGGUAUUAUCUAGUGUUGAUUCUAUUGAUUUCAAAAGUACUCGAAGUUCUUAGUUCACAUCACUUCAGUUUCCUGUCUGAGUUACUCGGAAUGAAGAUUCGAUCAUCCAUUAUCACUACUGUAUACAAGAAAGGGCUGAGAUUGACUUGUUCAUCUAGACAAGCUCAUGGUGUAGGACAAAUAGUGAAUUAUAUGGCUGUUGAUUCGCAACAGCUAUCGGACAUGAUGUUACAGCUGCAUUCUUUAUGGAUGAUGCCAUUACAAAUUGCAGCUUCAUUACUCCUCAUGUACUAUUACUUGGGUGUUUCGAUGUUCGCUGCACUUAUUUUAAUAAUUGCAACUUUGAUCGGUACACUAUGGAUGUCGAGCAAAAGCAAUCAGUACCAAUACCACUUGACGAUAAAGCGUGAUUUAAGGAUGAAGGCAAUAAAUGAACUGUUAGGGAACAUGCGUGUCAUUAAGUUUCAGGCAUGGGAAGAACACUUCAAAGAAAAAAUUCUAUCUUUACGUAAUCAGGAAUUCAAAUGGCUUAGCAAGUUCAUAUACUUGCUUUCUUGCAACUUAUCGCUACUGUGGAGUAUGUCGCAGGUCAUAUCAGCGUUUACGUUUGGAGCUGCAAUCUUUUUCAAAAACCCUUUAGAUGCUGCUACUGUAUUCACAGCAACAACAGUUUUCAGAAUUUUACAGGAUCCUAUCAGAACCUUCCCUCAGUCCCUUAUGACAAUUUCCCAAGCCAUGGUAUCUCUAGGUAGGUUAGAUGGAUAUAUGACAAGCCGUGAAUUGAAUUCUGAUGUUGUCGAAAGACAACAAGGCUGUAAUGGCAGUAUUGCAGUGGAGGUUAAAGAUGGGAUUUUUUCAUGGGAAGAUGAUGGUGAUCAAAUUGUUCUGAAAGACAUAAAUCUUCAAGUUCGAAAGGGGGAACUUGCUGCAAUUGUUGGAAUGGUUGGAUCAGGAAAGUCUUCUUUGUUGGCAUCAAUGCUUGGUGAACUUCACAAAAUAUCGGGAGAGGUAAGAGUCUGUGGAAGCACUGCUUAUGUUGCCCAAACCUCAUGGAUACAAAACUCUACUAUCCAAGAGAACAUCUUGUUUGGUUCACCAAUGAACAACAAAAGAUACAAAGAUGUAUUACGGGUUUGUUCAUUGGAGAAGGACUUGGAAAUUCUGGAACAUGGAGACCAAACUGAGAUAGGAGAACGAGGAAUCAACCUCAGUGGAGGUCAGAAGCAGAGGAUACAACUCGCAAGAGCAGUAUAUCAGGAUCGUGAUAUCUAUCUUCUAGAUGAUAUAUUUAGCGCUGUUGAUGCUCAAACUGGAUCAGAAAUAUUUAAGGAAUGUGUAAGGGGAGCUUUGAAGGAUAAGACUGUUGUUCUUGUCACUCACCAAGUUGACUUCCUUCACAAUGCAGAUCUUAUAUUGGUGAUGAGAGAUGGUCAGAUUGUGCAGUCUGGGAAAUAUGAUGAGCUUUUAAAAUCGGGUAUGGAUUUUGGUGAUCUUGUUGCUGCA